AUGAUCUACAAAGCGGUACUCAAUUGCGCGGGGCUUUUCGCCCUCUCGAACCUGCUGCCUGUCCAGGCUAUCCCGAGAGAAUACACUCCGACAACUACAUUUUCUGCCGCUGAAACUGUGACUCCAGCCGUGGUGACUCAGAGCAAUGUUACCUCUCAUGGCCCGUACACCGGGCCGCCAGCAACUACCACCGGGGCUCUCUCGACUUCAGUUUUAGCCUCUGCGAUUCGCCCUCAGCCUCCUGCUCCGGGAUCGUUCAAUUACACAGCCGAUGGCAAACUUCACGGCCCCGAACCUGCGCCGUUUACCCCCAACGGCGGCAUCGGGACUAAUGGUUCUGCUCCGGUAUACCGAGUCCAAAGUGAUUACGACUACCAGUCACUCGCCUUGGCUCUCUAUCAAGAAUGGAUAGAACUAGACUUGUUUCACUGGGGCUUAAAGAAUUUCACGACCGAACAGUUUGAGGCGAACGGGAUUAAUGCCAAGGACAGGUUCCUCAUCGAGUACAUGGCCGACCAGGAGAUUGGACAUGCCACUGUUCUCACCAAUAUGCUCGGUCCGCAGGCGCCUAAACAGUGUACUUACAACUACCCUGUUUCCAACGUCCGGGAAUUCGUCGAUUUCAACCAAAAACUCACACGGUGGGGAGAGGCAGGCGUUUACGGCUUUCUGCCACACUUGAACUCGGGGCCGGCAGCCCAGUUACUGCUCCAGAGCAUCACGAUUGAAGCUCGCCAGCAACUCAUCUUCCGUCAGUUCGGCGGGCAAUUCCCCAUGCCGGAAUGGCAUACACCUGGAAUACCCCAGAGUUGGGCAUGGUCUCUGUUGGCGCCUUACAUCUCAAGUUGCCCUUUAAACCAGACAAGACUGGUGUGGCAGAACUUUCCAGCGCUGUAUAUCCUCAAUCAGCCCAACCCAGCUCGCAUUAAUGCCUCUGCCGCGUUCAACGAGACGACUGGCGGCUGGGCCAACACUUUGUCUACCAAAAACAUCUCCAGUUCUCAGCUUUGCUUCAAUGCGACCAACAAGACGCUGGACUGCUCGCCAGCCAUCACCCAGAAUCGCAGCAUCCCACUUUCAUAUCCAGGUCGCCAGGUUUUCUUGCGCUGGGACAACCCGGGGCAGUUAGUCGGACCAAACAACAGCUAUGUGACUUCAACCACCGUGAGACAACCCAGGUUUGCGGCCUGGGUAUCGCAGCUAAACGUCACAUACUCGCCGCUUCUCAACAUGAGUCUACGAGGCAACACGGCGUACACGUUCCAACCCAAUGUGUCGACAUGGGAUCAUGAUCCGGCCAUCAACGGGACAAUGUUCCUCGCACUCACGGAUACUAAUUUGCCUGUCACUCCAUACAAUUUGAGUCUUAUCAACCCUCAUGUCGCCGCUCUUGCGGUGUAUCAGGCCGGCUAG